UAAAGUGUGUGUAAGACCUCUCGAAAUGAUGAUUUAUUGCAUAUCGUUUGUAUGCUUUAUUUCACUCACUGCUUUUGGAGAAAAAUUACACGAACAACAAAAUCUGCAGUCAAUUUGGAAAGAGUUGGAAAAAUUGAAAGAGAUUGAUUUUCUGAAAGAACGUACACUGGCAUUGGAAAAUGAGGUUAAGGGAUUAAAACUUCAAAAUUACAACCUUAACCAAAAGGUUGAAACACUGGAAAGACGAUGUGCGGAACACUCUGUAGUGGAUGUCGAAAGGACAGGAAAAACUGACACGACGGCCAACACGGCAAACAAUCACAGCUAUUCUUUCAACCAGACAUUUGAAUCAAGGAAACGAACUUCUAAACUAAAUCGCCAGAAAAGUAUACUACCAAGACAGGUCUCAAUCCAAACACAUAUAGCGUUUACAGCAGGCGUAUCGGUUGGAAAUCUUCAUAAUUUAGGUAUUCAUCAAGCUAUUAUAUUUGAUCGUGUCAUCACAAACAUUGGCAAUGCUUACCAUCCACAUACUGGGACUUUUAUUGUCCCGGUUAAAGGCGUUUUAUGA